AUCGAAUUAAAACUUUGAUUAUUUUUCGUGCUCGAAAGUCGAAACACCUGGCGAAAACACCGAGUUCCAGCAUAUCGCAUUGAUUUGCUAAUUCUGUUCGAGCAGCUCUGAGGGCGGAAAGCAACAACUGCCUUUUAGAACCUGCCCUAUCCCACCCAACGGAAUGAUGUUCCUUCCGAUGAUUGACUACUUUUGGUGGAAGUUGAUCAACUGUUUCGGGCUGGUAAUGAAGUUGGCCGAGGAUUCGCGGGUUGUUAUGGUGCUGGUCAGCUGCAUAAUGGCCGUGACUUUCAUACUGAACAUUAACUCGGGGAGAACUAUCCUCCGGGAUGUGGCUGAUACGAUGGCCAACAGGAGGUUGAAAGCCAAGCUAGAUCGCCAGCCCUCGCCGAUUAAUAUUGCGGAGAAUCGGGUGACCAGAAGGCAGCUAAAGCUUCCUCUGAAGUGGACGCACUACGAGGACCUUCCGAUGGCGACUGUUCUGGAGAAUAAUGGGAGUACAGUGAUCCUGCGGAUUUAUACUGCCCUCAAAUUUGUGCCCCACCUGAGUGGAGCCGAGUUGUCGGGUAAAUACCACUUUGUGGAGGCCAUCUUCAAGUGGGGCACCUUCCAGUCCGAGCACUCAAUUGGCAAGCAUCGGUUCUGUCUGGAGAUACAAGCCCUUCAUCGAUGUCCCCGGGAAAAAGGAGCCUCUGAGUACCUCACCUUGUCCUAUCUACUCGCAGUGAGCCGCGUCAAGAACGAGUCCCUCAUGGGGAUCUGCGAUAACCUGAAGUGGAUCCUGCACCCAGGAUCUUCGAUUGAGCUGCCUCCCUUCGAGUUGGGCACACUGCUUCGACCUUUCACCGGAGGCCACUACACCUAUCACGGCACCUAUGAUAAUGGCGAGGUGAUCCUGCCCACCAUCUGGCUGAUCAACCCGGAGAUAUCCCAUGUCAGUUCGCAUCAGUUGGCCCAGUUUUCAGCUCUUUAUCGAAGGGAUGGCAGCAGGAUCUCCAGCAAUUCCCGACAGGAACAACCGCUGGGCAGUCGCAAUGUGUACUUCAAUAUCUAAAAAAGGCUAUAAUAAAUAUA